AUGAGUGAUGUAGGCAAAUGGGUCAACAGAAAAUAUGGCGACACAAACUACUUCCUGACCCAAGGCCUCACUAAUCAUGGAUGCUUCAACGCCUAUCUAUACAAAAUAAAGAAAGCGGACUCACAAAAUUGCUCUAUGUGCAACGCGGACAUAGAUGACGCAAAUCACACGUUGUUUGAAUGCGAUGCGUACGAAAACUGGCGGCAACAGCUAUAUGCGGAGAUUGGGCACAGGCUCACUCCGCAGGAUAUGAUCGGUACUAUGCUCCUGGGGAAGAGAACGUGGGAUCUGAUCGCGGCGUACAUCCACCGAAUCAUGGAGCACAAAUGUGAGGCCGAGAGGACCCGGCAAGCAGCAGCGACGAGACUAUUGACCUAG